GUUCUAUUUGUUGAAAGUCGAACAUAUGCGGGAACGUCUUCAAAGCUUUGCCUACUUUGCACCUGGAAACGCUGGGCACAAUUAACCGAGCUCGUUCUCAUAGUGUCACCCCACUGCAUUCCUUAACCGCCUAGCUUUGUUUCUUACAAAAAAUUUGUAAUCUUGGUAUUGCCCUAUUCGAACGUACAUGAUGAACCUCGGUCAACCCAGUACCGGUCCACUGGCACCAUCUGCUUUGGGCGGCCAAGCAGGCAACCAACAGCCGCAAAAGCCUCGUAGGAGAGUGCUUACGUCCUUAGGAUUCCAAAUAUUUAUCUUCUUCGGCGGGUGGUGGGAUGUGGCAUACUACAUCCUUAACAUCCUUGUGUUCGUGUACAAAGGUCUGCAGCUGCCCUACCCAAACCGCAACUUCAGUAUGGAGUUUUGCUUCUCAUGGUUAUGGAUCCUCAUAGAAGCCCCACGCUUAUUCCUCGCCUCCAAGGGCAACAAGACAGAACGCGCAGCACCUAUCAUAUUCAGCACCAUUCUCGCGAUGCCCCUUCUGGCGAUGUACAUCUACUUCGUCGGCUUCCAAACAUACGUGUUGAAGAUCGACCAGAUCCUAAAUGCCAUCUCCAUCAUCUUCAUGGGGAUACAGCUGCUGUUCUCAGUCCUGGUCACCGUGCGGUUCAUCAUGGCAACGCGUUUCACCUAGCAUAGCGCGACGCCCCCCCUACACGCCGCUAGCUGUAUAGCCCAACCAGCAAGCUCACUAGCUCAUGCGGCUUCCACCUGGGACCGGCGACCCCCAUGUUCUCCGACCUCCAAGGGGAACCGCACACGGCGUAGCAUGGUAGGGGUGGCGAGCCACCCUGCGAGGCGACGGCAGCAACAGAGCAGCAUCACAUC